AUGCGCCGGCGCUGGCUGGCACUGCGGAAUAACACGGCGGCGCCGCUCGCGUGUGGAGUCACGUCGCCCGGCGGCGAGCCGCGGUCGCCAGCUGAUGCUGCCGCGGAUGGCGGUCUGUCGGCUGCGACCGCCCGUCUCACGCAAAUUACGCCAGCCUUCCCCAAGACGGAUGCACAGAGCUCAGCAAAUGACGCAGCUGCUUGCUGCCAUAAAUGGACUGGUCACUCUACAAACUGCAGCUACUUCUGCGCCUCCGACGCCACCGCCUGUAUCGACGCCGUCGCCGACGCAGAAUUGGAGGCUAAGCGGCUUCCGCCGCCACGGCCCAUGACUCCACCGACGGCGCCUCCUCAGCGGGCGCGCCUCCAGUCGUCGCCACCGCCGGUCCGGUCACCUGCUCCGGACGGACCCCUCCCGCCGCCGCCGCCGCCGCCGCCGCCACAGCGUUCCUCCGCGGUGCCGCCGCUGCCGCAUUCCCCCGCUUUGCCGCCGCCGCCGCCGCUGCUUUCCUCUGCGGUGCCAGAACCGUUCGACGCCGAGGCUGCCGUCACACCACCGCCGCCGCCGCCGCCGUCGCCCAUGGAGGUCGUUGCUUCGCCUUCUCAUGGAAGCAUACCCUGUAGCGGUGCGCGGCCUGGGCAGGUUUUCCACGGGGAGUUUUCCUCGCGCCCUCGUGAGCAAUUAGGGCCGCGGGUGGGCAGCGCGCCCCUGCAGUUCCACUGUCCGCCCCCUCACCUGCGCCGCCCCUAG